UCCUUGCUGCAGUACUCCUUUUAUUAAGUCGACGCAUUUCCAUGACGAAAAGUACACACCGCGCUUCCUAUGCCAACCUAGUUUGAUUUUUUUUGUUUGUCUUGAAAUGUUUAGCCGUCGGAAGUUGUUGUUAUAGUUGUGUGUCAUUACGGUCAGGGAAAAUAUUAUAUGGGGACAUCAGAAGGAAUCCAGACAAAGGAGUGACUAUCGAUGAAACGUUUUACAGAGCUGUAUACACAAGGUCAGGGAAUACAAUGAUAACUGAUCAAGACGAUGACCCCGUGACAUUAUUCUGGCUGCUUUUUCAUCCCUUGAGUUUUUCUGUCCCUUCAGCAUGGUUCACAUUGACAUGACCUACAAUAUAAAUUCUUUAAGAUGCUGCCUGUAGCUUUUACCAGGCCUUGUUUUCAUGCCCUGGGGUGUACUUGGAAUACUGCUGGAUAAAACCUGGAAGACUACAGUUUUAUUUUUCUCACUCUGCUGUUAGAAGCACAAGCAUUUUGUUUUCUGCUGGAGAAUACUGGAUAAUAGAGAGGAUUUUGGAAUGUCCUGGUGGUGUAUUGUUUAAAAUGAAACCCACAAAUACUGGUCACAGGGAGUCUGAGAACAUUACUGAUGCGAGUAGCAGUGAAGACCUUGCAGAAAUUGAACUGGUGAGUCUUCUUGAGGAUGAACUGCCCCAUUACCAGCUCAGAACGGAUUCCUUGUACUUGUACCACAGUGAGGAUUGGGUCCCACCUGCUUAUCCACACAACUCCUCCACUCCCCGUGGGUCAGUUGUAGCAGAAGAGCCCUUCAAAUACAUGGUUCUUAGUGCUGAAAAGGUGGAUUGCAGUAGAAAAAAUUGCAAUGAUGUUGAUGUUCUACAUCUGCUAGCAGAGAAGGAUCGUGAUGUGGAACUUGCUGCUAGGAUUGGACAGGCCUUGCUGAAGCAAAAUCAUGUCUUAAAAGAGAAAAAUGAAGCAUUGGAAGAUCAUUUGGCACAAGCGUAUGACCAGGUCAAUCAGCUGCAGCAUGAGUUGCAGAAAAAGGAAGAACUUCUCAGGGUUGUUUCCAUUGCCUCUGAGGAAAGUGAAACAGAUUCUAGCUGUUCCUCCACUCCGUUGCCUCACGUUGACUGCUUUAGCAUAUCACAAGGCUUCCUCCAGCUGGACAUAGUGCAGCACAAACUGAAGGAGCUUGAGGAAGAAAACCUUAGGCUGCGAUCUGAGGCUUGUAACCUGAAGACUGAAACUAUCAGUUAUGAAGAGAAAGAGCAACAACUAGUCACAGAGUGUGUGAAGCAACUCAGGGAGUCAAAUGCACAGAUUACUUUUCUCACAGAAGAACUUUCCAGGAAAGGAGAAGAAAUUAUGCAGCUUCAAGAAGAAAUUUCCAUCUUGCUCUCACAGAUAGUUGAUUUACAACACAAAGUCAAAGAGUGUGCAAUAGAAAAGGAAGAGCUGAAGCUUCAUCUUCAGGCCUCGAAAGAAGCUCAGAAGCAGUUAACAGAGGAGGAAACAGCAGAGACGGGUAUUUGAUACAGUCAAAGUAGCAAAAGGACGUACACGUUCAUUAUCAUCUCCUCCACCUGUACCGAUUCCAGGGUCUCUUGGGUCUUCCAUCAUCGUGACAGCCCAACCAUUCCAGCACACUUCUCAAGCUACCAAUGGAACAGCUGCAUUGAUUAAUGACGCCUCUGAUCACUGCAGUCAGGCACAUUCUCAGUUGGGCAGCAACUCACUAGGAGAGAAUGAUCUGGAAACAGCUCUGCAGAGACUGGCUUUGCGUCGAGACAACUACCUAAGUGAAAAACAGUACUUUGAGGAAGAGCAGGAGAAGAAGCUGCAGGUUCUGGCAGCAGAAGAGAUGGAUGAAAACAGUAGUGGCUGCAGCACACCAACAGGAAGCAGCUUCUCCAUAGGGACAAAUCGCUGUGAUUUUACAGAUGUAUCGGGAGUAUCCAGUGGUUUUCGAGCAUUUAUGCAUGAAAAACUACAAAUUGUCAAACCUAUUGAAGGGUCUCUUACACUGUACCAUUGGCAGCAACUUGCACAGCCAAAUCUCAAUAACAUUCUGGACCCUCGACCUGGGGUCCUAACCAAAGGCUUCAGAAUGCUACCAGAUGAUAACUUGUAUCAUCUUGAUGAUCUUGAAGAAGAGGAGGAAGAAGGAAUCACAUUUCAGGUUCGCAGUGUUAGUUCUCCUCCAGAUGAGAUCAAUAAAACAGUGCCAAAGCCAGUGACUGACAUCUUUCUGCCAGCAGUGAAACCUGCUUCCUCUGCUCCUGCACCACCCUCUGCUCCUGCACCACCCUCUGCUGGUAACCCUGGAAAGUGUCUGUCUUUCACUAACUCUACGUUCACAUUCACAACAUGCCGAAUCCUUCACCCAUCUGAUGUCACUCAGGUGACACCGAGCUCAAUGUAUAGUGGAGUCCCAAAGGGAGGAAACACUUCUGGUACUAUAAUGUCCAGCUCACCUGUUGUAUCCAGCUACCCCAAACUUGGACAAUCUUUAACAAAGAGGAAAAACUCUACUACGACCCUCAGUACCAGCAGUAACUUGGCAACACUACUUCAGGAACAUGGCAUAUCUGCCAGAGUCUAUAACAGUCCUGUGUCUGGGAAAGUUUGCAGUCAGAAAUCCCAAAAGCUUGUAACAGUUCCCUCAACUCCACCUAAUUCACCAUCUCAGUCUACUUGCCCAUCUCCAGUCCCUUUUGACUCCCGAGGGACACCCACUGAGGCUUUUUUGGCUUCAAAACCAGCAGAGUCCUUUCUGCAAGAAAAGUAUGUGCUGAAACCUGUAUGCAACAGUUUUGAGCUAAACCAGAGAAAGAUGUCCUUGGUAGAAAGACUCAAGAAGCUCGGAAUUGCAAAAGUGGUAAAAUCCCAUGGAAUAAGGACUGGAAAUACCCAGCAGUUACAGGACAGCCUGCUUUCUCAAGCCACUGCAUCUUUGUUUAUAGGCAAUGGAAGUAUACUUAUGGGAGGACUGCGGAGAAAUAAAAGUCAUCCAUCUGUGAUUGUUGGCUUGGGGGGACAAGGUGGCACAUCAGCACCUCUGACUGUUGAAGGGCAGAGCAAGAGUAUGUGUGUUUAAAGGAACAGGGCAGUGCAAUUGAGUUUUUGCGGAGAUGGAAUUGGGAAUGUGUUGUAGGUGUGUGCAUGUCUGAGAUAGUGAAUGCAGAUGGAGAUUGAUCACAGGAAGAGCAAGCAAGAGUGUCAUCAAAGAAGUGCUACAGAAAACAUGUAUGUAUGUGGAAGAUUGAUUUGAAUUUUGUAGACAAGAGAAAGCUCUAGUUGCUGGACAUAAAUCUGCCUGGCUGUUAUCCUUUUACAAAUGGUUUGUAAACUCCUUAGCCUUAUGCCUUUGAGUAUUCCUCAUCUGAAAUUGCUGGUUGUAUGAUUUCAUCGUAUGACACAAGCCUGGAAACCAUGAAAAAGGUUUUCAUAAGACAUAAUACGAUUUGAAAGAAUUAUUUACAGUUUGUCUGCUGUCUUCCAGAUGUUGCAUAAAAGGGUUGCUGAAGCAUGUAAAUUUUUCUUAGCAUGUUUUUUUUUUUAAAUCAUAUUCUAGCAGGGAACUUUGAAGAGCACAAGUACCAUGUGUUUUUUAAGCACACCUUUCUCACAGGUUCAGUGCAGUGGUUAAAAAAAAUGCAUCAAUGACAGUGUAAGCAACAUUCCUUCUGGUAUUAGAGCAGGCAUGCAUCAUAAAAGUUGUAUGCCAGUUACUCCCUGGCUAGUUAGCUUUUGUGGUAGGUUUCACCAAGAAAUUGUAUUUAUAAUUGGCUCUGAGAGGGAUUCUUAUUCUUGUAUAGUGCCAACACUUGGAGGAAGUCGGCAUUAGUUCGUUGCCACAGUGAUUUUUUUCGUCUUCCUAUUUAAUUUGUUGCCUUUUCUAUGUAAAGCAUCGUGGAGCUUAAAAUGAAACCAUGCACUAACAAUUCCACACAUGACAACGGUACAGAUGAGGAAUUGUGACAAACAAGAUUGUACAGUGUUGAAUGCACUCCAACAGUCAGUGAGUUUCAGGCACUUGGAGAUAUAAAUACACAUAUUUUUCAUGCUAUGCUAUACAGAAACUGAAGUUAAACAUGUGUUCUUAUUGUGAGGACCUGCAAAUUUCCAAAUUAAGAUUUUGUUGUGUGUAGUAUCCUGAAGGGAAGCUUUCUUGCUCUUGAUCUUAAGACUGUCAGGGGCUUGCAGCCAGAAAAAAAUAGUAACAAGAUUCAAGGCUGAGAAAUUGUUCAGAGUAGUUCUAAAUGUGCAAUAUCUGUUGCAGCUUCUGCAGAGAUGUAUAACUUGCUUCAGCUUCUCAUUUGUUAAAAAUGUACAUAUUCAUUUCUACCUAUAACAAUGUAUUGGCCAGUCAGUAUUUACAUGAAAUAACUAAUUGAAAUUGCAGUGAAAAUUCUGGAUAGUAAUAAUCACUUCAUUUUUUUGCAGCUUAUAGUGUCCCUUUUUUGACACACUUCAAAAGUGUCCAAAGUGCAUAGCAUUUUUGGUGUUUGUCAUUGUGAGGCAGCAACACAUUUUUCAGGUCAUAAGUUUUUGCUGUAUGCAUGGAUUUAAGCCAUAUAUAUAUAUAUUUUUUAUUUUAAUAGAAUAGGGCAGUUUCAGAUUCGAGUGUUAUAAUUACCACUAAAGAAACUACCUGCAAAAUUUAUUUUUAUAUUAUUUUUUUUCCAAAGUCCAAGAUUUGAUUUUUAAAAAUGUUCAUUCAUAGAAAUGUGCAAUUUAUUUCUUCAACGUUAUAUUCCAAAUUGUGCAACAUACGUAGUUGAAGGAUUUGUUCGGGCAUGCUAAGUAACAAAGUAAAACUGGUAGAAAUU